AUGUAUGGCCAAAGUCAUCAAGGACAGCAUGUCAUGAUGAAUGGCGGUCAGACCCAUCAGCGGUUUGCCAUGCAGAUGCCAAAGUUCCAGACUCAAAACCACCCCCAUCACCAUGCUCCGCAACCCACACACCACCAUGCCCACCAACCUCAUAACCAACAUGGCCUCGCUCAUCAGCAGCAUUUCCCCGCCGGCGGCCUUGCUACCGCCACUCCGCAUUUCACCUCAAAUCACCUACAGAAUGGAGCGUCGGCCGCCGGGGAGGAUGAUAUUGAUGAAUCAAUGAACGAACACUGGCAAGAGCAACUUCAGCUUGCCGCCGAGUCGAGGCAGGCUACUUCCCCUCACCACUAUGCCCGCAUCAUGGCCCAACAGUCCAAGGGCAUUCCGAUCAUGCCCAGUCAAGAUACACCAGACCAGAAGGCUGAUGGUCGGAAUGGGACUGUCGCAACCAAGGCGGCCUCUCGACAAGGUUGGAAUGCGCUGGACUUUGGCGGACAGGGUCUUCGAGUCAUGGCGACCUCCUUGUUCAACUACAACUUCCUCGAGAAGUUGUACCUCAACCACAACAAGCUCAAGGUGCUCCCUUCGGCAAUUGGCCAGCUGCGGAAAUUGACACAUCUCGAUCUUUCCGGCAACGAUCUCAAUGAGCUUCCUGAGGAGAUUGGAAUGCUCACGAAUCUCAAGAAGCUUUACCUCUUCGAUAACAACAUCCGCACACUCCCCUACGAACUGGGAUAUCUUUACCGCCUGGAAACUUUGGGUGUCGAGGGCUGCCCGCUGAAUGAAGUUCUCAAGUCUCAGAUCAUGAAGGAAGGAACCAAAGCUCUGAUUAAGUACUUGAAGGAAGAGAUGCCGGUUCACCUGCCUCCUCCCGAUAGAGAUUGGGUCAUCCUCGAUGAGACUGCAAGCUCCGCCAACAGCCCUACCGAGAAGAUCACCGUCCUUUCUUACAACACUCUGUGCGACUCCUCCGCCACCCAGUCACACUACGGCUACGCCCCCUCUCGUGUUCUCUCCUGGGAGUUCCGUCGCGAACUCAUCCUUAACGAAUUACGAUCCCACAGCUCCGACAUUGUCUGUCUGCAGGAAGUUGAUCAGGGAAGCUACAACAACUUUUACCGCGAGCAACUGGCCUACAAUGAUUACAAGGGUGUCUAUUGGCCCCGAGGCCGAGCCAUGGGAAUGCAGGAAGAAGAUGCCAAAUCCGUUGAUGGUUGCGCGAUCUUCUUCAAGGGCAGCAAGUACAUUCUCCUCGACAAGCAGCUCAUCAACUUUGGUCAAAUUGCUGUUCGCCGACCCGAUGCCAAGGGUCAAGACGAUAUCUACAAUCGUCUUUGGCAAAAAGAUCACAUUGCAGUUGUGGUCUUCCUGGAGAACCGACAGACUGGAGCGCGCUUUAUGGUUAUCAAUGCUCAUCUCUACUGGGACCCGGCAUUCAAGGAUGUCAAGCUUAUCCAAACCGCGAUUCUGAUGGAGGAAAUCACCAAGCUCUCGGACGGCUAUGCCAAGUGGCCCGCGUGCACGGACAAGACGGCAUUCCGCUUCUCAGAGGCCGAAAGUGGUUCCGAGAACGCUCCCGUGGUCGAGCCUGCGCCAUCCAUGGAGUACGCCAGUGGAGACCAGAUCCCGCUCCUCAUGUGUGGUGAUUUCAACUCCAAUCCCGAGUCUGCGGCAUACAGCCUGAUUGCGAACGGUCACCUGCCCGAAGCGCACCCUGAUUUGGAGAAGCGUCUGUACGGUAACCUCAGCCGGGUUGGCAUGACCCAUCCCUUCAAGCUGAAGUCUGCCUAUGGCUCUAUCGGUGAACUGAGCUUUACCAACUACACGCCGGAUUUCAUUGACAUUUUGGACUACGUGUGGUACUCGUCCAACACACUGCAUGUCUCGGCACUUUUGGGCGAGGUGGACAAGGAGUAUCUCCGACGGGUACCCGGGUUCCCCAAUUUCCAUUUUCCUAGUGAUCAUAUCGCAUUGUUCGCGGAGUUUACUGUCAAGGGUAAAAAGGGUAAGGUAGUGGAGGCGGACUUUGGACCGCAACGGCACUGA